AUGUCUAUCACUCAACGUCGCCAAUCUCCCAUUGAUAUCAUAAGUCAGGCUAUCUGUCAUGAUCCUGAACAUUGCAAGCCUGAAACGUUGAAUAUCAAAUAUGCAAAGGGCGAUUGUCAUCAUGUUGUAUGCAGUAAGACCGGAUUCAAAGUGCAUGUAUCGGACAAAUGUAGCACAACUGUCACUGCGAGUCAUCUGCCAGGGACCUACAAAUUGGCUCAAUUUCAUGCUCACUGGAGCAAAGAUGGCACAUGCGGUUCGGAGCAUCUUCUGAAUGGAAAAGCCAUGAGUGGGGAGGUUCACUUCGUCUUUUGGAACACAAAAUAUGAAACGAUGGCUAAUGCAGCCGAAAAAGAUGAUGGCUUGGCUGUGAUUGGUGUCUUCAUCAAGGAAGGAGCUCAUUCUCCUCAGUAUGAUCCUCUGUUUAAAGUGGUCCAACAAGCAAUUAGCUCAUCCGCUGAAGUACCAAUGCCUGCCGACUUUGUUCUCGAACAGCUGUUCCCUCCUCCGGGACAACGCGAUUACGUAACAUAUCUUGGAUCUCUCACCACUCCUCCUUAUUCUGAAACUGUGAUCUGGACUGUGCUCACCACCCCUGUCGAAGUCUCCAAGGAGCAGCUGAACAUCGUGCGCAAAAUUGUCGAUGCCAACUAUCGCGAAUGUCAGCAACUGUGCGAACGUACCAUCAGGGCUUCAGUCAAGGUCUAACGUCACUGAUUCUGUAGAAUCAGUAGUUUUGAAACGAUUUCUUUGCCCAUGACAAAUUCCAAAAAGCACAGCAGCUUGUGCCAAUUAUCAGUGUCAGAGUUUUAUAUGUAAUAUUCGCUUUUUUCCCCGAUAAAAAACGGUUAUUGCUGUAAAUAUAGAAUAAAUGCAUAGAGAUAUGCGAAUUAAUCUGUCAACGGAUUAGUUCACCUUUACCUAAAAUAAUGAUGCCAACGCAUGUUUGAUGAAUUGUUCUGGUGUACUAUUACUAA